GGCUAAUUGAACUCUGUUCAGUAAUCAGAAAGGCAAAUCAAAGGAAAAAUGAGCUUCACUCCGAAGAAGCCCAAGGUGGAGAUGGAUUCGUUAGAGAAGGUUACGGUGGAGGAAAAUGGAGAAGACAGAUGCAUAGUAGACGACGAGGAGGAAGCACUGGUCGCACUCAUUGAACACAGGACCAAAGAAGUUGAGCAUCUCAAACAGAGGAUAACCUAUUACAGGUCUCAGCUUACAGAAGCAGAGAAGCGGUUAGAUAAUUCACAAUCUAAACUAGCACGUCUUCGAUCAGUAGACAACUUAGUAUCCAAAGACCUUCUGGACAAUGGUGCUAAGAAAGCAAAACAGGAGCGGAGAUCAGCAAGCCCUAUUCAUAUUGACAAAGGUCAUAGUCGAACCAAGGCCCAAUCAAGACCACAACUUGUUAAUCCUGCAGUGAAUCCAAAAAUUGUACCAGCUUCAGUCGGUCUUGAGAGUCAAGUUACUUCUUCAUUUCCUAGUCAAUCUAACAAGGUUGAGAAACCUUCGACUAAGAGGAAGCUAGAACAGAAACAACAUAAGGAAUUGAUUCCUUUGAUAUGUAGACUCCCGUCACCAUGCAUAAUCCGUUGCCAUCCAGGGUCCCAUUUCUGCAGUCAACACAAGAGAAAGUUGAGAAGUCUAGCUUUGAACCCCAUUAAUGAUCAACUCUUUGUGACAAGUGCGUUGGAUGGGUUCGUGAACCUGUGGCAAAUUCAGGCCAAAGGAUCAAGUGCUUCACUACUUAGCAGUACAGAUUGUGUAUCCCCAAAGCAAAGAAGAUGGCCAGAAGGUAUAGCUUGGCACCCACUUGGAAACAGCCUAUUUUCUGCCUACAGUGCUGAUGGUGGGGAUUCUCAGAUCUCAGUCCUGAAUCUCAAUACAUCACAGGAAAGAAAAAGAGUAAAGUUCUUAGAAGAGAAGCCUCAUCUCAAAGGCAUUAUCAACAGUAUAGUUUUCAUGCCCUGGGUUGAUGUCUGUUUCACCACGGGUGGGAGUGAUCAUGCUGUAAUACUGUGGAGUGAGAAAGAUGAUGGUGAACAAUUAUGGAAACCAAAGGUGUUGCACAGGAGUCUUCAUUCUUCCGCUGUCAUGGGAGUUGCUGGGAUGCAACAAAAACAGAUUGUAUUGUCUACAGGUGCUGACAAAAGAAUCAUUGGAUAUGAUUUGCUGAAUGGACGAGUUGAUUUCAAGCACCAAAUAGAAAGUAAAUGCAUGGACGUGCUGCCAAAUCCAACUGACUUCAACCUUUACAUGGUGCAGACAGGGGCUCCUGAGAAGCAGCUACGAUUGUUUGAUAUUAGGUUGAGACAGACUGAGAUUCAUGCAUUUGGAUGGAAGCAAGAGAACAGUGAAUCACAAUCAGCACUCAUAAAUCAAGCAUGGUCUCCUGAUGGUUUAUACAUAACUUCUGGCUCUGCAGACCCCAUGAUCCACGUCUUUGAUAUCAGAUAUAAUUCUCACAGACCCUCUCAAUCAGUGAAAGCUCACCAGAAACGUGUUUUUAAAGCUGUAUGGCAUCAUUCUCUUCCACUUCUUAUUUCCAUAUCUUCUGAUUUGCACAUUGGAUUGCAUAAGAUUGUUUAAGUGCUUCAUCUCUUUUCUAUUCAACACUUUUGUU